UAAUUUAAUAGAUUCUUUAUUCACUUCUAACUUUAUGAUAUGAUAAAAGCCUUAUAAAGAAAUUCUAAAUAAAUAAAUUAAAUCAAAUUAAAUUAAAUUCAAUACAACCAAACAAACAAACAAAAUAAUAAACUAUUGAAAGAAUAAAAUACAAAUCUUCAAUUCUCAACAAACUAACAUAAACGCUACACCAAAAAGCAUACGCACAUACACCAACACAAAAAAGACUUAAAAAAAUAUCUCAAAAUGGGCUGCAUUCAAUCAGCAAAGGGAAACAUCAAAAUAAAUAAAAGAAAUAUUCCUGAGGCAUUUGGCCGCUACAAUAUUUCAGACAAAAAACUGGUAAAGAUUUAUCAAAAAUAUUGUCAACAAAACGGAGUCAUUGUUAGAGAUAUCGCUGCACCUGAAGAAUAAAAUUAAAAUAACUUCAAUUCUAUUGUUUUUAAUGAGGAACUUUUAAAAAAAAGAUAAGAAGAUCAAUUGGCUGCUCCUUCAAAUUACAGCCAUUGUGCUUGUUGUAAUAAUAGCUCUAAUAAUAUUUAAUAAAAUUAAAAGAAGAAUAUCUCAUAUAACAAUAUAAACAUCAAUUCAGUUAGAUAAGUUAAUAAUGAAUUGUCUUAGAGAUUGCUCUCACAAAACAGUAUUCAAAAUAAUAAAAAUAUUAGUAAAGUUUCUCCUAAUGAAUCAGAUAUAAAUUCAUUCCACGAAAAUCCAAAAAUUAUUAGAAAUCUUCAUUUAAAUAAACUCUAUCUCAAAAGAAAAAUCUAAAUUCAUAAUGAAAGAUAUGUUGUUUAAUAAGGAUGUGCUUGA